AUGUCCUCCACUUGCUCCAGCACGGGUCGACUUGUCAGCGGGUACGAGGUGAUCUUCGUAUCGAGAUCCUCUCUCGUCUGCGACAACAUGUUGCAGGAGCGUCGGACAGCGUCUCUGGUCGGUUCUCGUGGCGCCGAAGGUCCGGCCGAAUUGAACCACUUCAACAUCGCUCAAAUGACCGAGGCGGAUCGAUCAUGCCGGGCCGAGAACGAGGCGAUUCGGCCCAGCCUGUCGGUUCAGACAGGGCCGGUUGAGGAGAGGACGAAUAGAUAG